AGUUUUAACAAUUUCUAUUAAAUAUUUUUACACCUGAAAGUUCUAUAAAGUUUUUAUUUUAGCAUACUAGGUCAAAAUGCACACCAUUUGGUGAGUUACUCGAUGCAACAGUCACGCGGAGUGUGGGCCGCGUUCGCAGGUCUGGGUGGCUGGUAUCUCAGUACCGGUGGUGGGCGUUGACAUCGAGUAGGUACGGUUUUUUGCCAACGGAAGGCAAUAACGAUAUUCAAAUUUGUUUAGUUGGUUCUGCGAGUCGCUCGCGCAGUCGGCUACAGAAUGGAGAGCAGUAAGCUUUGUGACGGCGCGGCGAACGCACGAGUCGGGCCGCGCGUGAUAACGAAAGAGCCUAGAGCUCCCGAUUGUAGCUGCAGCGAACGAGACGCCGAGAUGGAAGUCGCGGGUCAAUGGCGGCGGGAGUGGGCAGGCGCUGCCGAAUAUGGAAAGGUGACGGAGGGUGGCGUGACGCGGCGAGUGGCGCGGGCGAUGGAGGUGCUGAAUGCCAGCGGGCCGGGCGCGCGCGUGCGCGUCAUGCGCGCCGCCUACCACUCCACCUCGGGGCCCGGCGUCCCUGCCUCCUCGUACAUGCUCCACUCUUCAAGGAGGGUCAUAUCAUCUGGAUUCAACAUUUUAGAGUCGCCAAGCUUCCCCACAAAACCGUUAGAAAUAUCUUCGACACCAUUAGAAUCAUCACCAGAGUCGAAUAUUGAAACAGAAAAUUACAAAGUGACAGAGCCGGACGAUAUGGAUAUAUCGGAACCUUCUAAGUGGAGGGGUACAACUGGAAGAAGUUCUAUACGAAUGCCGAGCGAAGAAUCAUCAUCCACAGACAACGCCAGCAUCAUAGACUUGGAUUCAAGGUUUAGCCGUUCAGGGUUGUACAGAAAAUACUCUUAUGAUUCAGAAAAUAGCGAUGUACACUCUUUUAAAAGGGACAGCGCAAGAACAUCUCCUCUUCUAGAUGCCCCAGUCACGUUAAGCACCCUAAAAUACAAAUCCCUUUUAAACAGCAGUAGCGAUUGGAAUAACAGGCGAAAAAGUUACAGUUUCGAAGACACAUCUCCCUUGAACGAAAUUAUCUUACAAAGCAACGAUACACUAGCAAUGGAAUCAUCGACAGACAGCGGUAUUUGUAAAUCAUCUGAAAUCGUAAAUGAUUACACUGAAGACACACAUAAAACAGAUUUUAUGAGAAGGGAAAAUCAGUACAAUAUUCGAGAUUCAAUUGAGAAUUUACAUAUCAAAAACAAACAUUCAUCUUAUAAAAGUUCCAAAAUGAAAACAUAUAAAGAACAUGAUAUCGUCAUUGAGGACCCACAGGAAAAUAACAUAGCAUUACAAUCAACGGGGAAACUCACAAUAACUGUUCCUAUGACCAUAGAAGGAGAUGAAGACGAUGAUGAUAAUAAAAAAUCGAAUGAAGACGGUGAUCGCAAGGUUAAAAAAGUGGAGUUUUGUAAAACUGAAUUGCACUUUGCAGCAGAAUCGGGAAGAGUCAAUAUAAUAGCAACUGAUGAAAAACCACCACCCACUAACGAUUUUCGUAAAAGAAGGAGUGCUUUUGUACCGAUUAGGGAUAAAUUUGAAAAACCGAUAACUUUAUUUGGCGAGAAGAGUGACUUUCCUGUGACGCACACUAUUGAUGACUUUAGGUUAAGAGACUUCGGUGAACCUGCAGAAUUUGAUGAGAAUACGGCAGCUACAAAAAGUAUUCUCAAGAAUAAAAUUCCAAAGCCCAAACCAUAUCUUUUAGGAGAGAACAUGGCAUUUGGGAAUAAUCAAGACACUAUUCAGUCUCUUGACAGCCCGGUAUCUGUUGGAGUAUCGCUAAUUAACAAAGAAUUGGAAGCGAACAGGAUUUAUAGUAACAAACAAUCCAUAAAUAAUUAUGUAACUGAGACAACAAGGGAAAAGAGCUUUACAAAUUCACUUAGGACAAUAAAUAAAGGUCCUCCAAAAGAAUUGAGCUCAAAAGUUGAAAGAUCUAACACAAUCAACGAAAAACAUACAGAUUCAAAAUCAAAUACCGCAGCUAUCAAAGGCAAAUUGCAAGUCUUGCAGAUGUCUCCAGUACCUACACCUAAGACGAGACAACUACGUGAAAGUGAACUCACGUAUUUUGGUAUCAAACAAAAUGAUUGUAGCACAAACAAAAAGAUCAAUCGUACUGAAAGCAAAUCAGCUUUGCCAUGGACUGAUUUAUCAGAAAAUACUUUCAAUACUUUCGAAUCUGUAAGACUAAUAAAAAAAUAUUCCAACAGCGCUCAAAACAGUGACGCUGAAUCUACCGAUUCCCAUGAUUAUCAAAAUAUACCGCUGAAAACUAAUUUUGCUCCUGUGCCCAUUCCAAGGUCGCGCGCAAAAUAUAUAAAACCUGAAGAGCAAGGUGUGAUUCUAAAGCCUAUAAUUGAACAGGUCUAUGAUUCCAACAAGGCUGUGCAAGAAACGCGACGCUCCAGAAGUAGAAAGCAAGACGAUAUACAGACGUCGACCAGUCGCAGUCUUUCUGCACCAGCAAAGAAUCAUAACAAUUAUGUCGGUGAUACGAUAAAAAGAUACGAAACACGAGUAAACAAUAUCAGAAAAGAAAACACAAAACAAAGGAAUGAAGUUCAUUCGGGAACAAAAGUCAGCAACGACAAAAAUCGUAAUGAUACGGCAGAAGACAUUCCCCUAUAUGCGAAUGUGGAAAUAAGAGAAAAUGAAAUGAAUGAUUACAAUACACAACGAGCAAAACCAGUGUCGCUUGGAAUCAAAAGUUCCAAGCAAGUAGACGAAAAAAAGAAAUCAGAAUCAGAAUUAAGUUCUAUAGACAAGAAACAAAUAACAAACAAGGUAAAUCAUCGUGUUAAACGAACAGAAAAGUUGUCUACACCUGAAAAAUCUAACACUAUAGACAAAGGCGCAAGUCGAACUAGAAACAGUUUAGAUAAAAGUAUCAGUAAUUCAGGCAGCGCAAAGGAUCAAUAUAAAUCUCGUCAAAAAUUAAAUAACAAAGUCGAUAUUUCAUCACAUAAUAAUGAAAACCGCCAAGAAAUUCAUAAACCCAGAUCUGCUAAAAAAGAGGAUGUACUUAAAAAAUCCAACGGUCACACAAUUAAAGAUAAAAAUGUAAAGGCAAUCGAAAUACCACGCUCUAACAAAGAUGUCGAAGCAAACUCUUUGAAUCAUCGUAUCACCUCCAAGCAGUCUAAGAUGGAGAAAGACGGCGCCGAUAGAGUGAACAACAAUACAAAUGGACGAAGAUCGUCUAGAAGAAGUGAAUAUGUUAUUAAAUAUGACGACAAGAAUGGCACUGUUUCUUCCGUAUGCAAAGUUAGAUCAGGUCACAGCACCCAAAGAAAAAAACAUCAAUCGAAAGAAAGAAAUAAGGAACACAUAAAAGAUUACAACACUAAAAAUACAGAAAAAUCUGCUCUGCGUAAUACAGUUUCCCGCACAUCGGAUACUAAACGGAAGAAAUGAAGAGAAGAAAUGGAAUACAAAAGUUCACGUACAAAGAUCUUGCCAACUUUUGUAGAUAGGUAAAAGCGAUUGUCUAGUCUUACUGGAUCGGGAUAGAAAGUGUAGUCCUAUAGCACUAAUGAAUGUGAGUUGAUUGCUAUCUGUGAAUGUGUGCAUGUUUUAUCAGAACAAAAUAACCAUGAUCUCACCAUGUCAAUAUUUAAAUCAUUAAUUUAAUAUGAGCCUAACAAAAUGUAUAACAAUACUUUGUGG